GGCGGGGCUCCGCGCAGCAGACCGGAGGAUGGCGGCGGCCGCGGUGCUGGCUCCGGUGCUGCGCGUGGCGCGCCGGGCCCUGGUGGCUGCGGGGCCACGGGGGGCACAGGUCCGAGGAGUCUCAGGUGUGACUGAUGGGAAUGAAGUGGCAAAGGCCCAGCAGGCAGCUGGUGGAGGACCGGCCCCAACCAUCUUCUCCCGUAUCCUGGAUCGAAGCCUUCCAGCUGACAUUCUCUAUGAGGACCAGCAGUGUAUGGUAUUCCGUGACGUGGCCCCUCAGGCUCCUGUACACUUCCUGGUCAUUCCUAAGAAACCCAUUCCGCGGAUAAGCCAGGCUGAAGAAGAAGACCAGCAGCUUUUAGGACACCUUCUGCUUGUGGCCAAGAAGACAGCAAAGAGUCAGGGGCUGGGAGAUGGAUAUCGAGUAGUGAUCAACGAUGGGAAAAUGGGCGCACAGUCUGUGUAUCACCUGCACAUUCACGUACUUGGAGGGCGACAGCUCCAGUGGCCUCCAGGCUGAACCUACCAACUGAUCAAAGACCCCAGACCUGGAUGCUUGGAAGGGUUGGAGGAAAGGGGACCCUGUGAUGCUAAUAAACCUGCUCACUCUCAA